GUUUUUUCUCGCUUCUGUUUGGAUUCUCAUCAUCUUUUUUCUCCUCCUUCUCCUUCUUGCCUCAUCUCCAUCCCCAUCCUAUCUUUCAUCCCUUUUCAUCUUCACCACAUCAUAAUCCAUCAUGCGUGAGAUUGUCCACUUGCAGACCGGUCAGUGCGGUAACCAGAUUGGUGGCAAGUUCUGGGAGGUCAUCAGCGAUGAGCACGGUAUCGACCCCUCUGGUGUCUACACCGGCGACUCUGAGCUCCAGCUCGAGCGUAUCAACGUCUACUACAACGAGGCCGCCGGCGGCAAGUACGUCCCCCGUGCCGUCCUCGUCGACUUGGAGCCCGGUACCAUCGAUGCCGUCCGCGCUGGUCCCUUUGGCCAGCUCUUCCGUCCUGACAACUACAUUUUUGGCCAGAGCGGUGCCGGUAACAACUGGGCCAAGGGUCAUUACACCGAGGGUGCCGAACUCGUCGACUCUGUCCUCGAUGUCGUCCGCAAGGAGGCCGAGUCCUGCGAUUGUCUUCAGGGAUUCCAAAUCACCCACUCCCUCGGAGGCGGUACCGGUGCUGGUAUGGGAACCCUUUUGAUCUCCAAGAUUCGCGAGGAAUAUCCUGACCGUAUGAUGUGCACAUUCUCUGUCAUGCCCUCCCCCAAGGUCUCUGACACCGUUGUCGAGCCCUACAACGCCACCCUCUCCGUUCACCAAUUGGUCGAGAACUCAGACGAGACCUUCUGUAUCGAUAAUGAGGCCCUGUACGAUAUCUGCUUCCGCACCUUGAAGCUUACUUCCCCCAGCUACGGUGACUUGAACCAUUUGGUUUCUGUCGUCAUGAGCGGUAUCACCACCUCCCUCCGCUUCCCUGGUCAGCUCAACGCUGACUUGAGAAAGUUGGCUGUCAACCUGGUUCCUUUCCCCCGUCUCCACUUCUUCAUGGUCGGUUUCGCCCCCUUGACCGCCAAUAACUCUGCGUCGUUCCGUGCCUUGACCGUCCCUGAGUUGACCCAGCAGAUGUUCGAUGCCAAGAACAUGAUGGCUGCCUCUGAUCCUCGUCACGGACGUUACUUGACCGUUGCUGCCAUGUUCCGUGGUCGCAUGUCCACCAAGGAGGUUGAUGAGCAGAUGUUCAACGUCCAGAACAAGAACAGCUCGUACUUUGUCGAGUGGAUCCCCAACAACGUCAAGACCGCUGUCUGUGAUAUUCCUCCUCGCGGUCUUAAGAUGUCGGUCACCUUCAUCGGUAACUCGACCGCCAUCCAGGAGUUGUUCAAGCGUAUCUCUGAGCAGUUCACUGCCAUGUUCCGUCGCAAGGCUUUCUUGCAUUGGUACACUGGCGAGGGUAUGGAUGAGAUGGAGUUUACUGAGGCUGAAUCCAACAUGAACGACUUGGUCUCUGAGUACCAGCAGUACCAGGAUGCUACCGUCGAAGACGAGGACGUUGAGUACGAGGAUGACAUUGCCCAGGAUAUGGAUAUCUAAGGCAGCAGAGUCUUUUAAUACAUUUUCUUUACACAACUAAUUCGCAGUCGAUCGCAAAAAGAGCACGAAUGAAAACAUAUAUCCCCCCAAUCUCUUGAGGAGAACCACAAGCACAAAAAAUAAAGGAUGGUGCCCAAAACUUAUUUUUUUCUUUUUGGUUGCUGGUGGUCAGCAUGGUACAUGUUGGGUGGGGCGGAUUGGAAUGCGGUAUUGUUGACCUGCAUGUGCAUAUGCGCCUGCAGCUUUGUAUUUUUGUCGUGCAUGUUGUUGCACCAUUCAGGGCAGGCCUCUAUUUUUUUUAACGCGCACCGGGAAAAGAGGGAGGAGAUACG